GGAGCGUGUACCGUGAUGGUGUCGAAAGUUGAUCGCAAAACGGGUCAACUGCAGCAUCUGGCCGUCAAUGCGUGUCUCACGCCAGUCUGUGCCAUGCACGGUAUGGCCGUCACGACGGUGGAAGGUAUUGGAAGUACACGCACUCGACUUCAUCCCGUGCAGGAGCGAAUCGCAAAGGCGCACGGAUCGCAGUGUGGCUUCUGCACUCCCGGCAUUGUAAUGUCCAUGUACGCUUUGCUCCGCAGCUCGCCAGUUCCGUCGAUGAAGGAGCUGGAGGUGGCUUUCCAAGGCAACCUGUGCCGGUGCACCGGUUAUCGACCAAUUUUGGAAGGAUACAAAACUUUUACGAAGGAGUUCGGUAACUGCGCUAUGGGCGAGAAGUGCUGCCGAAAUGGCAAUAGCACCAGUGGAUGUGGCGCACCGGCCGGAGAGGUGGACCACGAACUAUUUCAAGCAAGCGAGUUCAUGCCUUACGAUCCAUCGCAGGAACCGAUUUUCCCACCGGAACUCAAAAUCUCCAACAGACUGGACACCGAUUCGAUAGUUUUUCGAUCAUCCAACACGGCCUGGUAUCGGCCAACAAAGCUUAAUGACUUGCUGGCGCUGAAGAAGCGUUAUUCGGACACAAAAAUUGUCGUUGGUAACACGGAGGUUGGCGUGGAGGUGAAGUUUAAGCAUUUCCAGUACCCCGUCUUGGCUAAUCCAAUUCAAAUAACAGAGCUCACGUCGAUCGAGCGAAAUGAACGUGGUUUGAAGAUAGGAUCUGCUGUGACGCUGAUGGAAAUGGAAAAUGCGCUGCAACAGGAAAUUGAAACCAGUCCGGAACACGAAACACGUCUAUUUAAGGCGAUUGUGGAUAUGCUGCAUUGGUUCGCUGGAAAGCAGAUUCGUAACGUUGCGUCCGUCGGGGGCAACAUCAUGACCGGAAGCCCCAUUUCGGACCUAAAUCCUAUUUUCACUGCGGCUGCCGUCGAGCUAGAGGUGGCAAGUUUGGAUGGAGGCUUUCGCACAGUACGAAUGGGAGAUGGAUUCUUUACUGGGUAUCGAACGAAUGUGAUCAAGUCGGAAGAGGUGCUCGUGUCACUGUUCAUUCCGCGUACUACCACGGACCAGCAUUUUAUUGCCCACAAGCAGGCCAAACGCCGGGAUGAUGAUAUUGCCAUCGUGAACGGUGCUUUCAACGUCCGAUUCCGAGCAGGCACGGAUGUGGUGGAGGAAUUGCAUCUCGCGUUUGGAGGCAUGGCACCAACGACGGUGCUGGCGAAGAAAACCGCUCAAGCGCUGGUCGGAAGACGUUGGGAUACUAAGCUGGUGGAACUUUGCAAUGAUCUACUCGUCGAAGAGCUUCCUCUCAGUCCGUCUGCGCCAGGUGGUAUGAUAUUGUAUCGACGAUCGUUAACGCUUAGCCUCUUCUUCAAGGCCUACCUUGCCAUCGCCCAAGUACUUGAUGCACAACCAGAUAUUAAGGGUAGGAAACCUAUCGAGAGCCGUGAAAAGAGUGGUUCCGAAACAUUCCACACACUGGUGCCAAAGAGUGCGCAACUGUUUGAAAAGGUUGCAUCCGGGCAAGCUGUUACUGAUCCCAUUCGACGUCCCCAGGUCCACGCAUCGGCAUACAAGCAGGUCACUGGAGAGGCCAUCUAUUGUGACGAUAUUCCAAGAUUUUCCAACGAGUUGUAUCUGGCAUUCGUGUACAGCACGAAGGCGCAUGCCAAGAUCGUUUCCAUUGAUCCUUCGGCCGCGUUGCAAGAAGAGGGAGUCCAUCGGUUCUUCAGUGCUGACGAUUUGACGGAAGAACAAAAUGAAGCCGGCCCAGUCUUUCACGAUGAAUUCGUUUUCGUGAAAGACAUCGUCACUACGCAGGGCCAGAUAAUAGGCGCGGUUGUGGCAGACACCCAAAGUACUGCGCAACGAGCUGCGAGGAAGGUCAAAGUCACUUACGACGAUCUUAGCCCGGUAAUCGUUACGCUGGAAGAUGCGAUCGCUAAGGAAUCGUUUUAUCCUGGGUUUCCCCGGUCAAUCGUCAAGGGGGACGUAGAGAAAGCGUUAGCUGACUCGGACGUCAUUGUCGAAGGAGAUUGCCGUAUGGGCGGACAGGAGCAUUUCUACCUGGAAACGCAGGCCUGUCUCGCUUUUCCCAAAGAUACGGACGAAAUAGAGGUCAUCAGCAGCACCCAGCAUCCGACCGAGAUUCAACUGCACGUUGCGAAAUCGCUAGGAAUUCCCGCCGCAAAGGUGGUGUCGCGAGUGAAACGUUUGGGCGGAGGGUUUGGUGGGAAAGAGUCCCGAGCGGCGCUGGUUGCUAUACCGGUAGCCCUUGCGGCAUAUCGGCUGGGCAGACCGGUUCGCUGCAUGCUAGAUCGAGACGAAGACAUGGCUAUUUCGGGAACGCGGCAUCCCUUUUACUUUCGUUACAAAGUCGGAGUUAGCACGGAAGGAAAACUUGUCGCCGGUGAUUUCUGGGCCUACAACAACGCAGGCCACUCGAUGGAUCUAUCGUUUGCUGUCCUCGAACGAUCCAUGUUCCAUAUCCAGAAUGCCUACAAGAUUCCCAACUUGCGUGUUCGCGGAUGGGUUUGUCGUACCAAUUUGCCGUCGAACACCGCUUUCCGCGGUUUUGGUGGCCCUCAAGGUAUGAUGGCGGCGGAAACUAUGAUGCGGCACGUGGCACGCACGUUGAAAAGAGACUACGUCGAGCUGGUUGAGUUGAACAUGUACCACGAAGGAGACACAACGCAUUACAAUCAGGUGAUCGAGGGUUGCAAUGUGAGAAAAUGCUGGCAAGAGGUACUGCAAUCUUCUGAUUUCGCCCGGCGUCGAGAACUAGUGGAUCAGUUUAAUCAGGAGCAUCGCUGGCGCAAAAGAGGCAUUCACGUUGUGCCAACAAUGUUUGGGAUCGCCUUUACGGUGCUCCAUUUGAACCAAAGUGGUGCUUUAAUACAUGUGUAUCAGGAUGGAACUGUCUUGCUCACCCACGGAGGGACGGAGAUGGGACAGGGACUGCACACCAAAAUGAUUCAGGUUGCGGCAACCGCCUUAGAAAUACCGUUUGAGAAGAUACACAUCUCCGAAACGGCCACCGACAAGGUUCCAAACACUUCGGCUACGGCUGCUAGUGCCGGGUCAGAUCUGAAUGGAGCCGCUGUGCUAAAUGCGUGUAACACAAUUCGUGAGCGACUGGAACCAUUCCGCAAACAGUACCCCAACGAGGAUUGGAACUUCUGGGUUAGCAAAGCAUACUUCAACCGGGUCUCUCUUUCGGCUGCAGGGUUCUACGCUACACCCGACCUCGGAUACGACUUUGGCACCAACUCGGGCAAAGCCUUCAAUUAUUACACCUACGGGGCUGCAUGUUCCGAAGUCGAAAUUGAUUGUCUAACUGGCGAUCAUCAGGUACUUCGAACGGAUAUCGUGAUGGACCUCGGUUCGAGUAUCAACCCGGCAAUCGACAUUGGCCAAAUCGAGGGAGGGUUCAUGCAAGGCUAUGGCUUGUUCACACUGGAAGAGAUGGUCUACUCUCCUCAGGGACAAGUCUAUUCACGUGGACCAGGCAUGUACAAAUUACCCGGGUUUGCCGACAUUCCAGGGGAAUUUAAUGUGUCACUGCUGACUGGAGCACCGAAUCCUCGCGCAGUAUACUCGUCGAAGGCCGUCGGGGAACCACCGCUUUUCCUAGCGUCGUCUAUAUUUUUAGCUAUCCGUGAUGCAAUUUCCGCCGCAAGGAGCGAAGAAGGUCUGGAUGCCGAGUUUAGCCUGGUAUCACCGGCAACAGCUGCCCGCAUUAGGACCGCAUGCCAGGAUAAAUUUGUCGAACGUUUCAGAAAGCAUGCCGACAAUCUUAAUAAUAUUAUUCCCUGGAACGUUAUGCCCUGAAGAAGCAUGUAAUGAAAAAUUGUACGCAUUUAUUCCAUUCAUUAUACCGAUACACAUAGAACACAUAAUUUUGCAACUAAUAAAUCAUGAUGUAUGCCAGACCAGA